CCACGUCUAUCCCAACUUUACUCACCAGAAACAGCAGCAGUUGGAAUUUUGAGUCGGUUCGCGCGCAUUCGUCUCAUUUUGCGAUUCUCCUCGUCUCGACGUGACAAUUCUGCAGAAAUCAUGGCCAAAUGGGACCGCUCCAACCGAGAUCUUCGACUAGACCUACUGUCUCCCGAGACCCCGUCUGGAGACUAUGCACUCGCUUCGGGCAUGACGUCGCUGUCAGUGCACCAGCCCUCGGACUUGGGCUGGGUGAGCGAGAUGAACUUCAUUCGCGCCGACACGCCCAGUCAAUUACGCCAGCGCUUUAUCCAGAUCCAAGUUACAGAUCGCCGCUUCAAAGAACCUUCCUGGAUGCACCCUAAUAUUGGUGGGGAGGCGCAGUUCGUACAGGGCCACAAGGACGAGAUCGACGCUAUUCGCUUGGAACUGGAAGCCGACGAGAAGAAAAACAAACUCGGAGAGUGGACAGCCACGUCUAUUAGUGGCAAUGCCAUUCUCUCCAGUGUUUUAUUCUCCGCAGGUCAAACGAUCGCGAAAGCUGGAAAAUUGGCCCCAGUGACCCAAUUAUUCGUGGUUACAGUGGUUUACUGUUUACGUUGGGUCUUCGAGGAGGUCAUGAGUGCAGUACCGUUGAACGGAGGCUUCUAUACCGCUAUGCUCAAUUCUGCCCCCAAGAAGGUUGCUGCGAUCUGUGCAGUGUUCAGUAUGCUCUCGUACUUGUCCACUGCUGUGGUGAAUGGAGUGUCGGCGAUGAAUUACGUCAAUGAGUCGUUAGUGGAGAUCCCCGUAAUGGCCUGCACUAUUGGCUUGCUCGUAGUGUUCGCAUUACUGUGUCUUAUGGGUAUCGCCGAGAGUGCGUUUGUGGCAUUGAUCUUUUUCGUUUUCCACACUUUCACACUCAGUCUACUGGGAAUUUUCAGCUUGAUCUACGUGGUGCAACACCCUUCCAUCUUUGUGGACAACAUGGGUACUUCUCUUCCUCAUGUCACGAUGUUUGGUGGAGCUGCAGAGGCCAGUAAUGUCGCCUCUGCUUUGUUUCUUGGCUACGGUACAGCGAUGCUUGGAGUCACAGGCUUCGAGAGUUCGUCGCAGUACGUGGAAGAACAAGCUGCUGGUAUGUUCCCCAAGACUCUGCGCAAUAUGUGGGCUCUUUCCAGUACGUUUAACGUGGCGUACUCGUUAUUAGCUCUGGCUGUUGUUCCGUUGGAUACAAUUAUCUCGAACCAGUCGACGUUGCUCUCAUUGAUGGGACGACUUAGUGGUGGUCGCUGGCUGGAAGUUCUCGUGGCAAUUGACGCAUUUGGUGUGCUUGCGGGUGCUGUUUUGACAGCAUAUGUAGGAAUUAACGGGUUAUUCCAGCGUCUGGCGAUUGACCGUGUCCUACCGAGCUUCUUAUUGAAGGUUAACUCAUGUCGUGGCACAAACCACUACAUUAUCCUGGUCUUUUGCGUCGUGUGCUCCAGUCUCGUGUUCAUUUUGAACGCCGAAGUGACGGUACUCUCGGGUGUCUUUGCACUUGCAUUCCUCUGUGUACUGCUAUCGUUCACUAUCGCGUGUUUACUAUUGAAAAUCUGUCGAGAAGAGAUCCCACGCAAGAGAACGACGUCGUGGACCAACACGUGCUUCUGUAUGGGAAUGGUUUCGCUUGGUAUCCUCGCAAACGCCUUCUCGGAUGUCAAGGCGUUGUCGUAUUUCUUCAUCUACUUUGCGGUCUUCUUCGUGGUGGUUUUCUUGAUGCUGACUCGCGUCAGUCUACUUAAAGGAUUUCUCUAUAUUUCACGCAAAAUAUUGCUUCACUUCGGAAGCAAACAAGGAGAAUUUACGCCUGUACAGCAGUUAUCAGCGGGUGGUCAAGCAUUCGUGGGCAGUGUGAAGGUUGCUAAGACAAUCGAGAUGGUCAAGAAUACGCCAGUGGUGUUCUUCUGCAAGGUUGCCAACUUGCCAAAGAUCAACGAGGCUGUACGGUACGUGAUGCAGAACGAGCACACGUAUUGCCUCCGGUUAGUCCACGUGUGCGAGCCAGACGCCCCCGUACCACGCGAAUUCGAGGACGUCGUGAACCUGUUCGACCACAUUUACCCGUCAAUUAAGAUCGACUUUAUCGCCGUGAAAGGAGCUUUCGACCCAGCGAUGGUGCAGUGGUUGUCCAAGUCCAUGGACGUCCCGACCAACAUGAUGUUCAUGCGCCAACCAGCGAACGAGAACAUCCACCGUGUGUCGGCGUUGGGCGUGCGCGUUAUCACGGACUAGUUGCCUUCGGAGGUUAAGAAUAUUUCGAUAGUUCCUAAGUUUAAAAAUAAACAUUUUAGUUUUUGCCGAUUCAUCAUCAGGAAAUUAUCGGAG